UCGCGGAAGGGUCUGUGGUCGGCGGGGAACGAGGGAGUUCCAAGAGGGUCGUGUUCGAGACAGAGGCAGGCCCGCCCCUUCUGCUCGCGUUUCCCGCGGCCGUAGUGGGGGCCACCCGAACCCAUUCAUUCCAGGCCCGGCUCCCCACUCGCGCUCCCAGCCCAGGACCAAAAGCCGCGUCCGGGCUCCUGAUGCCCAGCGUUCUCUCCCCUCCAUUGUACAGACUGGGAAAACUGAGGAGGGGACAACUGACCAAGACCUCAUGGCGGAGAAGGUGCUGGUCACAGGUGGGGCUGGCUACAUUGGCAGCCAUACAGUCCUGGAGCUGCUGGAGGCAGGCUACUCACCCGUGGUCAUCGACAACUUCCAUAAUGCCAUUCGUGGAGGGGACUCCAUGCCUGAGAGCCUGCGGCGGGUCCAAGAACUGACAGGCCGCUCUGUGGAGUUUGAGGAGAUGGACAUCUUGGACCAGGCAGCCCUACAGCACCUGUUUAAGAAGCACAGCUUUAAGGCCGUCAUCCACUUUGCUGGGCUCAAGGCUGUGGGCGAGUCGGUGCAGAAACCUCUGGAUUAUUAUAGAGUUAACCUAACAGGGACCAUCCAGCUUCUGGAGAUCAUGAGGGCCCACGGAGUGAAGAACCUGGUGUUCAGCAGCUCAGCCACCGUCUACGGGAACCCCCAGUAUCUGCCUCUGGAUGAGGCCCACCCCACCGGGGGCUGUACCAACCCCUACGGAAAGUCCAAGUUCUUCAUUGAGGAGAUGAUCCGGGACCUGUGCCACGCAGACUCGGCCUGGAACGCGGUGCUGCUUCGGUACUUCAACCCCACGGGCGCCCACGCCUCAGGCCGCAUCGGCGAGGAUCCCCAGGGCAUCCCCAACAACCUCAUGCCCUAUGUCUCCCAGGUGGCAAUUGGGCGACGAGAGGCUCUGAAUGUCUUUGGUGAUGACUAUGCCACAGAGGAUGGGACAGGUGUAAGGGACUACAUUCAUGUGGUGGAUCUGGCAAAGGGCCACAUAGCAGCCUUGAAGAAGCUGAAGGAGCAAUGUGGUUGCCGGAUCUACAACCUGGGAACUGGCACAGGCUACUCUGUCCUACAGAUGGUCCAAGCCAUGGAGAAGGCUUCAGGGAAGAAGAUCCCGUACAAGGUGGUGGCACGGCGGGAAGGUGACGUGGCAGCCUGUUAUGCCAACCCCAGCCUGGCCCACGAGGAGCUGGGCUGGACAGCAGCCUUGGGGCUGGACAGGAUGUGUGAAGAUCUGUGGCGCUGGCAGAAGCAGAACCCGGCAGGCUUUGGGGCACAGGCCUGAGGACCUCCUUACCAGGGACCAGAAAGAAAGAGGAGCAGCUGCCUGCUUUCCAAUCUCCUCAGGACCCUGUACCCUUAUGCUCUGGGGCCAAGCUGAGGCCACCCUACCUCAAAUGUCAGCUGCCUGCUCAGCCCUCCAAGGCCAACCUCUGCCUGGCUCCACUAACCAGGAAGAAGCCUGGGUCUUUCCAGCCCAUCUCCUCCAGGGUCCAGGAGCUCGUGGGACCCCUAGAGCCUGCGAGGGCCAGGGGUCUGGGACCAUAGCCUCUCCCAGGCACUAACUUAUACUGCUGAUUGAGCUUUUCAAAGUAUUUAAAAUAAAAACGUUUUCUUAUCCUGGG